GUUUAGAACCGGGACCGGCUCAGACGGGUGUGGGUUUAGGUCUGGUUCUGGAGUCUCUCGGGUCACGGGGCCGCGCGGGUUCGGGUCCGGGUAAAGACCAAGGUCUCGCUUUAUUGAAGUCUACACGGCGGAUUCUGUUACCGCUUCAUCGGAACCAGAACCUGCUUCUGGGAUCGUCUUUGGUUCCGGUGCUGCGGCCCUGCGGACCGCCUCCGUCCUCGGACUCGUCCCACGUUCACAAACAUGUUCCUGACGAGGUUCAAGUCGCUCCCGUGAUCUGGUCUUCUGAGGACCGGACUCGUCCUGGACUCGUGGCCUGGACUCGUGGCCUGGACUCGUGGCCUGGACUGUAGGGUGAGAUCAGCCCGAAGUGGCACCAGGAGGCUGACGUGCUGGAUCAUCUCGUGACUGGAGGUCCCGGUUGCAGAUCACAGCUCCAACAACAAACUGCUCAGCAGCAUCAGGUCAGCUCCUCCAUCAUGAAUCCUCCUGCAGACGCCUCCUCUCCCUCAGGGCAGAAGAAGAGGAGGAGGUCUGACAGUCUGGAGGAGUGUCCUCUGCCUGUGGACAUCGACACACCUGAGAGGGGGGAGAAGAAGAGGAAGAAGAAGAAGAAGAAGAAGAAGAGGGAGGAAGAGGAGGCCAGUCUUCCUCCUGCCGCUGAUGGAGAUGUGAUCGGCCAGCAGGAGGAAGAGGAGGAGGCGACUCAGGUCGAGUCAGAAAAGAAGAAGAAGAAGAAAAAACACAAACGACGACUGAGUGAGGAGAGUGUCGUCAUGGCAACAACAGACCACAACACCAGAGAAACAGACUCCUCAGUUUCCAUGGAAACGGAGAACGCCGGAAUGAAGAAGAAGAAGAAGAAGAAGAAAGAUGGGAGUGUGGAGGAGGAGAAGAGAACAGAGGAGAGGAGGAGAGGAAGAGGAGGCGCGAAGAGACAGAAAGGAGGAGCUUUGGAAGAUCAGGUGGACUGGGCGCUGCUGGAGGAGCUGCAGGAGUUCGUCCCAGACGUGAAGAAGAAGUCAGUGGAACAGAUCAACAAACUGCUGAGAUACGACCUGCACCGCUUCAGGAACUUCAAGCAGCAAGGUGUGGCUCUGCGUUGGGGGCGUUGCUCUGAGGAGGAGAAUCAGCGAAUCAGAACUAACAUUGCAGACUUUCUGGCUCUGACAGGCCUGAGUUCAGCCAAUCAGCUUCUGUUUCCUCAGAGGUACAAGGAGCAGGAGGUGGAGAUCAGGAGGCUGAGAGCUAAGCAUCACUUCCUGGAGAGGAUCGCUGAGGGAAUUCCUCGGACGUGUCAUCAGGUUCACACCAGAGCCAAGAAGAUUUUUGAUGACAGGAACCACAUGGGAAGGUUCUCCGAGGAGGAGAUGCAUUCUCUGAUGAAGUUCCAGAACCUCUAUGGUAAUGACUGGAAGAGGAUCUCUGAGAAGAUGGGCCGCAGUGUCUACUCCUUAGAGAAACGUUUCGCCAGUAUCGCUACAGGUCGUGGUUUUUGGACUCCAGAUGAGGAGUCCAGGUUGAAGCAGGCUCUGAAGGCUCACCUGGAGGUCCUGGUCCAGGAUAGUCCCGAAGGUUCUGGUCUGACCAGAGACCAGCUGUUUAACAACCUACCCUGGAAGGAGAUCAGUCAGAAGGUUGGGACCAGAUCCUGGGGCCAGUGUCGACUCAAGUGGUUCUCCAUUCUGAAGUGGAGACUUUCUCCUGGUGUCAGCACCUUCAACAGAGGAACUGAAGGACUUCAGGCUAAAAUUAAUCUGAUCAACACGUUGUACAACAUGCAGGUGGAAGAUGCAGCAGACGUCGACUGGGACAAGGUCGCAGAGACUGUCGGUACAGUGACUCCUGUAUGUGUCCAGAAGAGUUUCCACAGACUCAAAGUUUCCGGAGUUCCCAACUGGACCAGUUUAUCCUACGGAGAGAUCAUCGAUUUCCUGCAGCAGAGAGUGGUUCCUGUCCUGAAGCAGAAGCUGAGGAGGUUCAGCAGUAAGGAGGUGCAACAGGAGGAGGCGCAGGAGGAGAACCGGUACCUGCUGUCAGACGUCUUGAGCUCUCAUGACGACGAGGACUACAUAGAGCUGGACAACAGCCAAUCAGGACAAAGAUGAGUGUAGAGACAGACACUUAGUAGGAUGAACAGUAGGCCCCUCCCCUCCUUCCAUGUGAUUGGCUGUCUGUGGAUGAACUUCCUGUGAGAGUCGGACUGAACAGAACCUGUUGACUGGAAGUGGACGAAGACUUUGUCUGAUGAGUCGAUGUUCAGACUCGAGUUUCUGUAACUUUUCAGGUUUUAUGUCUUUAACUUUCUAAUGAAGUGAUUUUUUUUUCA